GAUAUCACAUUUUGUUUAGCUGGCAAACAAUAAACAUCUUAUCAAAAUGAAAUUCGUCAUUGUUGCUUUGGCUUUGGUAGCCUGUGUUAUGGCUGAUGUUUCGGAGUUGGGUUAUGAUUAUCAUGCUCCUGCCCCUGCACCAGCACCAGAAUACCACCCUGCCCCAGCUCCCCAAAACACUUACAUUCCCCCUGCUGCCCCAGCUCCCGCUCCUGAAUACCACCCAGCUCCUGCCCCUGCUCCAGUACCAGAAUACCACCCAGCUCCUGCUCCUCAAAACACCUACAUUCCCCCUGCUGCCCCCGCUCCAGCUCCUGAAUAUCACCCUGCCCCAGCCCCUGCUCCAGUUCCCGAAUACCACCCUGCCCCAGCUCCCCAAAACACUUACAUUCCCCCUGCUGCCCCCGCUCCAGCUCCUGAAUACCACCCUGCCCCAGCUCCUGCUCCAGUUGCUCCCCAAAACACUUACAUUCCUCCCUCUGCUCCAUCUGCUGAACUCGCUGAUGAUGGUUACCGUUACAAGACCGUCCGUCGUGUCGUCUACCGUCACCGUUUCAAAUUCAUCGUAGUUGCUUUGGCUUUGGUAGCCUGUGUUAUGGGUGAUGUUUCGGAGUUGGGUUAUGAUUAUCAUGCACCCGCCCCUGUUGAACAUCAUCAUGAACAUGUUAUGAGUUUUGUUCCUGAAGUGCCACAUAACACUUAUAUUCCUCCAGCUGUUCAUGCUCCAGCCCCCGCUCCUGAAUAUCAUCCAGCUCCUGCCCCUGUACCAGAAUACCACCCAGCCCCAGCUCCCCAAAACACUUACAUUCCCCCCGCUGCCCCAGCUCCUGUACCAGAAUACCAUCCUGCCCCAGCCCCUGCUCCAGUUCCAGAAUACCAUUCUGGUCCUGUAGCUCCCCACAACGAUUAUCUUCCCCCCUCUGGUCCAGUUGGUGCCUCAGCUGAUUUCGGCAAUGAUGGCUACCGUUACAAGUCCAAAUUCAUUGUUGUUGCUUUGGCUUUGGUAGCCUGUGUUGUGGCUGAUGUUUCGGAGUUGGGUUAUGAUUAUCAUGCUCCCGCUCCUGUUGAACAUCACCAACAUCAUCAUGAACACCAUGAACAUGUUAUGAGUUUUGUUCCUGAAGUACCACAUAACACUUACAUUCCACCAGCUGCUCAUGCCCCAGCCCCUGCUCCUGAAUAUCACCCAGCUCCUGCCCCUGCUCCCGUCCCAGAAUACCAUCCCGCUCCUGCUCCCCAAAACACUUACAUUCCCCCUGCUGCCCCAGCUCCAGUACCAGAAUACCAUCCUGCCCCAGCUCCUGCUCCAGUUCCAGAAUACCAUCCUGCUCCUGUAGCUCCCCACAACGAUUACCUUCCCCCUUCUGGUCCAGUUGAAUCCUCAGCUGAUUUCGGUAAUGAUGGCUACCGUUACAAGUCUAAACUCAAAUCGAUAUCAUAUUUUGUUGAACAAUCAAACAAUCAACAACUUAGCAAAAUGAAAUUCGUCGUUCUUGGUUUGGCUUUGGUAGCCUGUGUUAUGGCUGAUGUCUCUGAAUUGGGUUAUGACUAUCAUGCCCCUGCUCCCGUAGAACACCACCAUCAUGAACAUCAUGAGGUUGUUGCUUCCGUCCCUGAAGCUCCCAAGAACACUUACAUCCCACCUGCCGUUCAUGCUCCAGCUCCCGCUCCAGUUCACCAUGCUCCCGCCCCUGUACACCACGCUCCUGCCCCUGUACACCAUGCCCCCGCUCCCGUUCACCACGCUCCUGCCCCAGCUCCAGUUGCUCCCCAAAACACUUACAUUCCCCCAGCUGUACAUGCUCCAGCUCCCGUUCACCACGCCCCCGCCCCAGUUCACCACGCUCCUGCUCCUGUUCACCACGCUCCCGCUCCAGUUCACCAUGCCCCAGCUCCCGUCCACCACGCCCCAGCUCCCGUCCACCACGCUCCUGCCCCAGCUCCAGUAGCUCCCCAAAACACCUACAUUCCUCCCGCUGUACAUGCCCCUGCUCCUGCUCCAGCUCCAGUUCAACACCAUGAACCCGCCCCAGCUCCAGUUCAUGUACCAGCCCCCGCCCCAGUUGCUCCCCAAAAUACUUACAUUCCCCCCGCUGCCCCAGCUCCAGUUGAACCCUCUGCUGAACUCGCUGAAGAUGGUUACCGUUACAAGACUGCCCGUCGUGUCGUCUACCGUCAACGUUUCUAAACUGACCAUUUGAGAAGAUGUAUUACAAAAGACUUGUUAUGAAUUUCAAAAAAACUAUUAUAGUAUUUAAAUAAUAAUAAACAAAAAAAAAAACUUUUUAAAACGAA